AUGACAUCCAUAUACCUUGUAAUUUCCGUAAUAAUUGUCUCCAUUGAGCUCCUGGAGGCGGUGGAUCCCAACGGAGCACCUCAGGGGAGCCCUGAAUCCGACCACCCCGCUCCCAGUGGCCAAAAUCCGCCUAUAAACGACAGUCCAGCAUCAAAUGACGGUCCUGUAGAGCCAGACGAUGAGGAGGUGGACGACUACCAGAUCACGAUGCCGCAAAAGGGCGACACAUCCGACUACAUCGACAAGGACGAGGAGGGAGACGACGAAAGUUUUGAUUUUGAGGGCGACUACCGCAACUUUUUUGAGGUUGACGUCAUCCCCGACGGAGGCGAAGGCACCACGAGGCGACCAGGACAGCAGGACAUUUUUAUCGUUCAAGGCGCUGGAUUCUCAGGUAUAAAUCGUCGUUAUAGUGACAAUUACGGUACAGAUCGCGUCAAUCAAGGGCCAGGUAUAGGCAGCGGAAGGCCUAGCAUCAGUUUCAGAGAGUUUAUGGGCCUAAGCAACAGUACGGAGCGAAGGAAACGAGGAUUCAGUGAGAGCGGCUGGCUACAUGAAGAUAUCGACGAGGAACUUGAGAAACUUAAAGGUGGACUCGUAAACGUAGAACUCAGCGAUUUGGAAGAGUAUGACAAGAAGUUGAACGCCCAGGUCGCUGACAACAAUCGAAACCCUCUGAUAAACCUACCGGAAAGAGCCGAGAACUUGCCGAGACUCCAAGACCAAAUUCAGCAUUUAGAGGUUCCAGAGAGACAGCCACAGAAUAUCCUGCGCAACGCUUAUUGACCCCCGGAAGCCGGCUGAAGAAGAUUCUCAAGUUUUCAGAGACGACUCAAAAUAGGGGAAGAAUUUCCUAUCUUGUUUACGAGCUACAAGGGGACAGUCUACCCUGGCCCAUAAAAGUACCACAAAGAGAUUAGCAGGACCCAUCUGUUGCAUUCCGUAAAACUACAACUCGGAGAAGCUGCAAUAGGCACAGGUUUCCCAGUGGAGGUAGCUUCACAAGUGAGCAUAAAUUAGUCUGCAUAAACAACAAGAGACAAAAUGCAAGGACUGCUUGUACCCCUCAAGAAUAUUGAAGACGCCAAAAAGUGUCCCAAGGGCAUAUUCAGACCACCUCAUAUUUACUAUCCGACGGUGGGAGACCAUGUGAUUGGGAUAAUUACGGCAAAGAAUACAGAUUUUUACACCCUAAACAUUAGAGCAUUGUGCG